AUGGAUUUUCACCGGCGCAGGCUCGCCGGCCUGGCGGAUCUUAUCCCCACCAAGGUCCUCCUCGAACGUGCUCAUGCCGAACAUGGCACCGAGGAGCCCUCGGCCACCUCAACCAUCUCCCCCUACCACUCCAACCUCGACGGUGUUAACCAACCCGUCAACAUGCUGUUCAAGGACAUGCUCUGGGCUAGUUUUGGCGGCAUGGCCAUUCUCGUUCUCGUCAUUACGAUAGGUCGCAUCCUCUGGGCCCAACUCCGUCACGUCUCGGCCAUGAACAUCGAGGGCGAGAGACAGCAUUACUGGAAGGUCGCCCAAUGGAAGUGGAUGCCCAGCUUGAAGAAGCACCUCAUGUAUGCUCCUCUGUGGAACAAGCGUCACAACAAGGAAAUCAAGCUCUCGAACCUCGGCAUCGGCACCCUGCCCUCGCGCAUGCACUCUCUCAUCCUCUUCUUCUACCUGGCCAGCAACAUCGUCUACAUGUUCUUCCUCAACUGGGAGAACAAGAACAUCUACUCCUUCUGUGCGGAGCUCCGUGGCCGCUCCGGAACCCUCUCCGUCGUCAACAUGGUGCCGCUCAUCAUCUUGGCCGGCCGCAACAACCCACUCAUCGGUUGGCUGCAUGUCAGCUUCGACACGUAUAAUCUCCUUCACCGAUGGGUCGGUCGCAUGUCCGUCAUCGAGGCCAUUAUUCACACCAUUGCCUGGCUCAUCGUCCAGGUUGCUGACAGCGGAUGGGAGGGCGUUUGGUAUAGAAUGUCGAACGAGCUCUUCAUCGGCUCCGGUAUGGCCGGCACCAUCGCCCUUGCGGUUAUCAUGAUCCUGUCUUUCUCGCCGGUUCGCCACGCUUUCUACGAGAUCUUCCUCAACGUCCACAUCAUCCUCGCCUUCUUCAUCUUCCUGAUGACCUACAUCCACUGCGCCGUUGCCGGUCUUCCCGGUGGUCUUCCCCAGCUUCCCUGGAUGAUUGCCAUCUUCAUCCUCUGGUUCCUUGAGCGCAUGGCUCGCAUUGUCCGCGUUGCUUACCUGAACUGGUCUGACCGCGGCGUCAGCGACGCUAUCAUCGAGGCUGUCCCCGGUGAGUGCACUCGUGUCACCAUCAACCUCCCGCGCUACGUCGACGUCAAGCCUGGCACCCACGCCUACCUGCGCUUCAAGGACAUCCGCCCCUGGGACUGUCAUCCUUUCUCCGUCGCUUGGGUCGAGCACAUCCCCGAUCAUCGCUCCCUGCCCCUUGACGAGGAGAAGAUCACCCUGACCGCCAUCGACAAGAAGCACACCACCACCUCGAUCUCCUUCAUCAUUGGCGCCCACAAGGGCUUCACGCGUGACCUGUACAACGUCGCCCGUCAGAGCGGAGACCGUGCCAUCCGCAUGAAGGCCUGUAUGGAAGGUCCCUAUGCCGGCCACCACUCUCUUGACUCAUACGGCCACGCCGUCCUUUUCGCAGGAGCCACCGGCAUCACCCAUCAGAUCUCUUACCUCAAGCCCCUCAUCGACGGCUACAACAACGGCAGUGUGGCCACCCGCCGCAUCACCCUCGUCUGGAUCGUUCGCGAUUACGAGGCCCUCGAAUGGGUCCGCCCCUGGAUGGACACGGUGCUUCGCCUGCCGAACCGCAAGGACAUCCUCCGCAUCCAGCUCUACAUCACCCGGCCCCAAAACUCCCAGCAGAUUGUGUCGGCAUCGACAACAGUCCAGAUGUUCCCUGGACGCCCCAAUAUCCCGCUUCUCAUGAAGCGCGAGGUUCAGGAGCAGCUGGGUGCCAUGUGUGUUACAGUUUGCGGACCAGGUGCUCUGGCUGACGAUGUGCGGUCGGCUGUGAGAGUUGUGCAAGAUGAGGGCACGGUGGUUGAUUUUGUCGAGGAGAGUUUCACAUGGUAA